CUGGAAGUUUUGGGGAUAAACGAGGUGCGGGGACUUCUCCGCCGCUCGGUGCUGAGCGGACUGACUGACGCCCCUCCUGCCUGCCUGCCCCGGUCGGGUAAAAGGCGCAUGUGUGUUAUCGCUGUGAUGUGAGUUGAGCCGCAUCCAGACGCACUGGCCGCCGCUGGCUGAUGCUCCCCCCCCCCCACCCCUCUCCACCUCAUCUUGGUGGUGUUGUGCGCAAAAUCUCCAGCGCCGGACGGACGGACGCAGUUUGACGGCACAAACGAGCGGAACUGCGGGGGGAUAUCCAGGAAAAUAACAUCCAAAGACAGACAUGGAUAUUUAACGGGCAUUUGAUAUAUUUUUUUAUCUCUGUUUUUUUUUGACCCUGUGAUGUUGCUUUUGCCCCGGGGGUGUUAAUGAAACCUGCUCGAUGUCUCUCAUCAGUUUAUAACCGAAACAAAAUGAGGAUUUCUUCUCGCGACUGGUUUCUGUUGAUAUUCUCUGGCUUUUGGGGACUGACAAUGGGUGCUUUCCCGAGCAGCGUUCAGAUCGGCGGGCUGUUCAUCAGAAACACUGAUCAGGAGUACACUGCCUUUCGUUUGGCAAUCUUCCUGCACAACACCAGCCCGAACGCCUCGGAAGCCCCGUUCAACCUGGUGCCUCACGUGGACAACAUCGAGACGGCCAACAGCUUUGCUGUCACCAACGCCUAUCUCAGCAAUUAUUUUG